AUGCCCAGAAAGCAAAAAAUGUGUACUCUUCUUUCUCACCCUACACUGUCUCUAAUUAGGCAGCAUUUUAGGGUUUCUGAUCUCUGCAAUUUCCACAACUUUUCUCCAAAAUCAGAAUGUGGAUACUGCUAGAGAGUUGCACUUUAAUUCGGUUCUUAUCUCUUUUUCUGAGAAGGGUGCUGGAAUCAAAUCAAGACACUCUUUGCCUUCCAUUGUCUACUCAGUAUGGUGAUAUCUAAGUAGGUGCCUGCGGUCAAGCCUUGUCCACUCUGUUCUUUAGUGUACUUGGAAAUCCGUGGCUGUUGCUCCAUUGCUACACGGUUGUCUUUUCUGUUUGCUUUCUGGUUGGAUCAGUAGUCAGCUUGAUGGGUUCACGAUUCCCAUCCCAUCAGCUGAGCAAUGGCCUUUAUGUAUCAGGGCGGCCUGAGCAGCCAAAGGAAAGGCCUCCCACAAUGAGUUCAACGGCUAUGCCUUACACUGGUGGUGAUAUAAAAAGGUCUGGAGAGCUGGGGAAAAUGUUUGAUAUCCCUGUAGAUGGCUCCAGAUCAAGAAAAUCGGGACCUAUAAAUAAUGCCCCUUCAAGGACUGGAUCAUUUGGUGGUGCUGCUUCUCACUCAGGACCAAUCAUGUCUAAUUCCAUAAAUCGACCCGGUUCUGUUUCAUCUGCUGGAAUUCCAGGUUCAGCUUCAGUGAAGAAGACCAAUUCUGGACCCCUUAAUAGACAUGGUGAUCCAGUGAAAAAGUCUUCUGGUCCUCAACCUGGAGGUGGAAAUUCAGUUUCCCGCCAAAAUUCUGGUCCACUUGCUCCAGUUCUCCCCACUACAGGCCUGAUUACAUCUGGACCCAUUUCUUCAGGCCCACUAAAUUCAUCAGGUGCUCCUCGAAAGGUCUCUGGUCCAUUGGAUUCUACUGGAUCGCUCAAGUUACACGCUGCUUCUAUUGCACACAAUCAAGCUGUAACUAAUCUGAGUCAAGAAGAUGAGUAUUCCUUCCACAGGAGCUUCCCGAAGCCAAUACUUUGGUCGAUGGUUUUGCUGUUUGUGAUGGGUUUUAUCGCGGGCGGCUUUAUUCUAGGGGCUGUCCACAAUCCCAUACUUCUGAUUGUUGUUGUGGUUCUAUUUGGGGCAGUUGCUGCAGUAUUCAUUUGGAAUACUUAUUGGGGAAGAAGAGCUAUCACUGGUUUCAUUGCCCGUUAUCCAGAUGCUGAGCUUAGAACUGCAAGGGAUGGCCAAUUCGUCAAGGUUUCUGGGGUGGUUACCUGUGGUAAUGUUCCUCUGGAGUCAUCUUUCCAAAGGGUUCCUAGAUGUGUUUAUACAUCCACAAGUUUAUAUGAGUACAGGGGAUGGGAUUCAAAAGCUGCCAACCCAACACAUCGUCGUUUUACUUGGGGUCUCCGAUCACUUGAGAGGCAUGUGGUCGAUUUCUACAUUUCUGACUUCCAGUCUGGGUUGAGAGCAUUGGUUAAGACUGGCUAUGGUGCUAGAGUCACUCCAUAUGUCGACGAAUCUGUUGUUGUUGACAUCAACCAGUCAAAUAGAGAUAUGUCUCCAGAAUUCAUCAGGUGGUUGGGGGAGAGAAACCUCUCAAGCGAUGAUCGUGUAAUGCGUUUGAAAGAAGGGUACAUCAAAGAAGGUAGCACUGUGAGUGUGAUGGGAGUUGUCCAACGGAAUGAGAAUGUUCUGAUGAUCGUUCCUCCACCAGAGCCAUUCCCUACAGGAUGCCAAUGGGCCAAAUGUAUCCUUCCUGCCAGCCUCGAGGGCAUUGUUUUGAGAUGUGAGGACACAUCAAAGAUCGAUGUUAUUCCUGUGUAGCUAUAGCAUUUUGAAACCCGAAAGUAGUGCGGGUUGUUGCUGUUUUGGGAUUUAAUUUGUUGGAUAGUAUUGACGAGGGGUGGUGGUGGUGGCGGCGGUGGCAGUGGUGGUGUUUUUUCCCUCUUCUUUUUUAACAUGGUGUAUAGUUUUUAUGUGAUUUUUUUUUCAUCUUUUAGGGCGGGAAGCUUUUGUAAUGGGGUUGGUGUGAUUAUUAUAGUAGAGAGAGAGAGAGAGAGAGGAACUCAGUGUUUAAUGGAGGGGAUUGAGGAUUGAUUUAUGUUUAGAAAAUGUUUGAGAUAAUUUGAGUAAUUUGGGUUUGCCUCAAACUCUGUUGUUUCUCAAAGAUGGUGGUCCAUCCCAAUUGUGAAUGUCUGCAGUUUCAGUCAUGCUUAAAAGAAAUGUCAAUGUUGUAUGCCCA